AUGAAGUUGGUAACUACACUUCACAAUGAAGAUAUAGUUCCUUUUUCUGUUACUAAAAGAAAGAUCGGUGAUGGUGGUGAUACCUCAUUUUGGAAUGAUAUUUGGUUGGAGGAUGCUACACUUGCAACCAAAUUCCCAAGAUUAUUCAGUUUUGAAAUGAACGAACAUGUGGUUGUAAAAGAUAGAUGGAACGGGUCGAGAUGUACAUGGAAUUGGAGGCGACCUUUAAGGGGAGGGUCAGAAGGUGAGCAGUUGAAUCAAUUAUGUGAAAGGAUCGCCAAUGUCACGAUUGUCAAUACCUUAGACAGUUGGACUUGGAACUUUCGGUCAAUGGAUUCUUUUCAGGUUAAUGGUCUUCCUAAGUACCUCCAUAAAGUUAAGCUGCCCUUGCAUUAUAUGGCCACUAGGUGGAACAAAAAUGUCCCCCGUAAGGUUAAUAUUCAUGUUUGGAGAUUGUUGAAGGAAAGGCUCCCAACUCGUUUUAAUCUUUGGUUUUGUGGUGUCGUUAAUAAUUCUCUUGUUUGCCCAAUGUGUUUUAAUGGUAUUGAGACUAUUACUCAUACUAUGUCGGACUGCAGAAUUGCAAAGAAAGUCUGGACAUCACUUUCUAAAUGGUUGGACUACAAUUUACCAUACCAAUUGUCGGGUGUUGAUUUACUCGAACACAUAAAAACUUUGAAAGCUCAGAAGAAGGUGAAAGAUAUCAUCACCACCGUCACCUAUGCAGCAUGGUGGUACAUAUGGAGAUUUAGAAAUGAAGCUGUUUUUUAA